UAUACAAACGCAGCGUCAAAGCGCCCUUAUGUUCGUAGUCUGUUGUAUUCAUCUCGCUCUUUGGAAGCUUGCGGGUUGUUUUCGAUCGGAUCCGUGAUGGAAGAGGUUAACCUGCAAACAGCACCAGCAGAUUUCCGAUUUCCUAGCACAAAUCAGACCAGACACUGUUUCACCCGCUACAUUGAGUUUCACCGGUGCUUGGCAGCAAAGGGGGAAGAGUCUGGUGACUGUGAAAAAUUUGCCAAAUACUAUCGGUCCCUCUGUCCAGUUGAAUGGAUUGAGAAAUGGAAUGAGCAGAGGGAGAAUGGCACUUUCCCAGGUCCUCUUUGAACUUGAUCAUCACACGUGAUGGUCCCUCUAUCUCUUGCAAAUUCUGUUUAGUUUUUUCAAUUUCUAGCUACAUGCUUCUUGUUGGAGGCUAAUGAAUAAGCGAGGCACAGGAGGCUAUUUCAACUCUCUCUUGCAUGUGCUCAAGUUCCUGAAGAACUUAAACAAGGUUUCUUAUGUUUUGGAUAUUCCAAUUAAUGAUUGUCUUUUCAGCAGAUGGUGUUUGAUCGCUACUUAAAAAUUUAAUGCCUUGGUUCCUCAGACAGGUUUGCGUCUAAUUGUUUCAUUUUAGUGUGAUUCAGGACCCACCUCUGGUUUCAUGACUAGAGAGAGAGAGCUGGCAUAGAAUUUAAAAGAGGUGUGUAGUAUUUCCACUAUUUGAUGGAUGUGCUCACAAGUUACAAUUUGCGCUGGGCGAAAUAUUUAGUUCAAAUGGGGAUUCUUUUUACUAAAAUUUACAGAAUCACUUUUUGGAGAA